AUGCUCCGCCUUCACAGCCCUGCUGUCUCCCCGGCUCUGCUCUGCCUUCAUAGCCCUGCUGUCUCCCUGGCUCUGCUCUGCCGUCACAGCCCUGCUGUCUCCCUGGCUCUGCUCUGCCUUCACAGCCCUGCUGUCUCCCUGGCUCUGCAUGCCGUCACAGCCCUGCUGUCUCCCUGGCUCUGCAUGCCGUCACAGCCCUGCUGUCUCACUGGCUCUGCUCUGCCGUCACAGCCCUGCUGUCUCCCUGGCUCUGCUCUGCCGUCACAGCCCUGCUGUCUCACUGGCUCUGCUCUGCCGUCACAGCCCUGCUGUCUCCUGGCUCUGCUCUGCCGUCACAGCCCUGCUGUCUCCUGGCUCUGCUCUGCCGUCACAGCCCUGCUGUCUCCCUGGCUCUGCAUGCCGUCACAGCCCUGCUGUCUCCCUGGAUCUGCAUGCCGUCACAGCCCUGCUGUCUCCCUGGCUCUGCAUGCCGUCACAGCCCUGCUGUCUCCUGGCUCUGGUACCUGCUGUAUAUUGGAUACUGCAAGUGAUUGCGUAGCUCGUGGAUUGUAG